GACCAAAACAAACAAACAAAGCCUUCACCUUCUACCAGGAGGAAACCGCAGCCUGCGUUCUUCGUUUACUGAGUGAGGGUGUACUUGGGGCUCUGAUUUAUUCUCAGGCAGGCAUUACUCUCUUUCGAACAGACUCAUCCAUGGACCUUGUCUCAUCCUUAGAUUGCCAGAAAUUGGAUGCCCAGUCGGUGGGGUUCGUUGAGGACCGCGGCGCAAAGGAACUUUUCGCGCCAGAUAUCCCCCGCAUCAGCGAUUUGUCAAUUUGUGGCAAUUCGGUUGUCGUCAAUAAGAAAGGUGGCGGAAAGGUCCUUUGCCCACCAGAGAUGGUCCCCCUUGACCGCGAUACGUCUCCACUUUUGAAACUCGGCUGGCCUAUGGGUAGCAAAGCUGAAGAAACAAAGGCUGGUCCUGAUGGCACCUACAUUCCUUUCUUCCAGCUCCCUCGUCCUGAUAUUGGUGAAUGCGAGUAUUGUUUAAAGGUGGGUGAGCACAUUUGGCAACAAUGUCCUUACAAGGAUCGUGUCCCAAAGAAUGCAAUUCUUGGCAGUGGUUGUGAUGUAGUUUGUAGGGUAUGUGGUUGGUUCUUUAGAGGGUCCUGUUGCGGCCAAGAUGAAGGACGUGCGAUUCUCAAGAAUUGUGGUAUCUGUUUGACCACAGGUAAACACUGGUCUGCAUCAUGCCCGACCCUUCCACCCGCCAGCAGGAAAGAGAUUCCUUCUGAACCAUGUUUUUCUAUCAAGUUUGUCUGAAACUGAAAUAAUAGAGAAUGGAGAGUUACUGUUUCUCUAACGUUAAUUGCAGUUUAACAAAUAUAAUUAGACAUUUUAUAUA